AAUACGAGUAGGCAGAGAGACAAUGUCUUCGUUUGUGCGCUGUAUUUUGGUAUGUUAAAGUUAAAUUUACCGGCAACCAGUGUUUUUUUUUCUGGUGUCUUCCUAAUUUUCAUGAUGCCAACCGUACCAGCAAAUAAUCUAAAGGAGCAACUCGAACGACAUACAGGUCAGAACAAGAUGUCCUUGUCAAAGGCCAAAGCGGGGACUUUUGCCUUUAAAAAGAAAUCUGAGUCAUGUGUUGCUAAACCUGCAGUUCCUUCAGAGGUAAAUGCAAAUACUUUAGUCAACAGGAACAUCAAGGUCCUCUACCACAAGACAGUUUUUAAUACUUUGACAUCUUUAACUGAGACUGAAAGACAACCAGCAAAAUCCAGCAGCUUCUUCACUACCCCCAAGCAACAGGUUAUGGCACCGACAGUAGACAGGUCACCUGUUUGCAGUUCAACUCCAGCAUUUUCCACUUCUAAAGUUCCUUCUGCACGAUCAAAGCCACACAUAGCAUCCACAGCAAACAGCUGUAGCCAAAAUAUUGAGCUUGACAGCUCUUACAUCAUUGACAUUGACAGCUGGGAUGAUUUUGAUGACUUUGAAACUCCUGUCAGAGGGAAGACUAGUACACUACUCACCUCAGUGGACUUACAGAGGACUAGCAAUGCUGGAGAUCUUUCCACUGUGAGUAAAAAGGACACUGAGACAGACAAAAUGGCCAGAAAUUGCCAUUACAGUCCUCUGGACAGCAAAGCUGGAAAAUCUCUCCAGAAGGGAGACGACUUGCAUCUAACACUGUCACAUCCAACAGAAGUGGAGAGUUUGAAUUGUGAAAAUGCUUCAGGAUGUAAUGCUGUUUCAAAAACUAAGAAUCUGAAAGGUUCAAAGAUAUGGAAGCAGGGAAUGUCUCUCAUGACACCAACAAAGAAGAGUUCUUUUGUUCCACCUGAGCUUCUAUUAAGCCCCAGGGAAGAGACCUUUACAGCUGAUGCUAAAUGCUGUGACAGAAAGACAGUUGAUGGAAGUACAAUGAUGGAUGCAGAUGUUGCUGAUGUGCCUAUGGACUUUCCAGAAGAUGUUGACUUUGUUCCCCCAUCGCCAGAAGCUGGACGCCUAAGUUCUCCCCUUUCUUUUGAGAAUCGCAGCAAAGUUGCCAUUCAAGACGCCAGUGAUAUCAGCUGUAUUUCGCCAAAGCAACUCGUCUCUAGCAUUUUGAAUAACAAAAGUCAUCUUGUUGUGAAAGACAAAACUCGCAGUGAGUCAGAGGACGAGCUUAUUGUUGUCAUGGAGACCAUUUGUUGCCUUGUGGAUUCAAUCCCAGAACAUGAGCUCAUAUCUCUGGCCUGUGGUACAGAACUGCUUCUACAGCGAGCUCACAGAAAAAGGAUACUUGCUCAAUCUGUGGAUCUAUCCAAAAAAUGCUAUAAAGAGCGCAGAGCAGUCUCAGAAACCAAGAUGAAAAAAUCCCAGGAAAGUUAUGAAUAUACUCAACAACAUGCAGUCUCUGCCAUGAAAGCAGAGGAUUCUGGGAAAACAAUCCAAUUUAGGGAAUCCUUAUCAGUCCUGUCUGGAGAUGGUGAGAACACUGUCUUUGAUGACUCAAACUGCAAUAUUAGUGGUAUUCAGACAGUACCUGCAUUCCAGAGAACAAGUUCUCUCUUCAGCCCCAGUGGUACUAUAGAAAAGGAGUUGGGUUUUACCACCAAAAGCUAUGAGAGGCCAACAAGUGAUGGAAAGGAUGGACAGAAAUGCAAACCAGAUAACAGUGUCCUGGCUCAGACUAGUUCUGAUGCCCAGGUGGAUACGGAGCAAUACGAUUUCUACUUUGAUGACUUCGACAUUGAUGAUUUUGAUGAGUCCGACAUUCCGAACUGCUCUGAUGGUCCACCACACCAGCCAAUCAACACUGUGUCUCAGCCAUUAAGAGAAGGGGGACAAAGCAGAACAGCAUAUGAGAAUACAAGCAGUCACUCAUAUUCUACAACCAAGCCUGCAAAAUUUGGACUUGCAGAACCUGUGGUCAGGAACCAUGAUCGUUUCAGAGGCUUCAACUUCCCUCACUCUCCUGAAAUGAUGAAGAUUUUUCACAAGCGAUUUGGUCUACAUCAGUUUCGAUUUAACCAGCUGGAGGCCAUCAAUGCCUCUUUGUUGGGAGAGGACACUUUUGUGCUGAUGCCAACGGGAGGAGGAAAAAGUCUUUGUUAUCAGCUACCAGCAUGUGUUUCCCAAGGAGUCACUGUGGUGGUGUCCCCUCUGCGAUCUCUCAUUGUUGAUCAAGUACAGAAGCUGACAACUCUGGAUAUUCCUGCUGCCAGUUUGUCUGGGGACAAGAGCGAUAGUGAGGCUGGGCGAAUUUACAUGCAGCUCUCAAAGAAGGAUCCUCUCAUUAAGCUGCUGUAUUCCACACCAGAGAAGAUUUGUGCUAGUGGUAGGUUGAUGAGUGCACUUCAGAACCUAUAUGAGAGAGGUCUUCUUGCACGUUUUGUCAUUGAUGAAGCUCACUGUGUCAGUCAGUGGGGUCAUGACUUUCGGCCAGACUACAAGCGCAUGUACGAGUUGCGACAGAAGUUUCCCAAGGUGCCAAUCAUGGCUCUCACAGCCACAGCAACACCCCGUGUGCAAAAGGACAUCCUCACCCAGCUGCAGAUGAGCAAACCCCAGGUCUUUACAAUGAGCUUCAACAGACACAACCUUAAAUACAGUGUAUUGCCCAAAAAACCAAAGAAGGUUGAUGAGGACUGCAUACAAUGGAUCAAGAAAAACUACCCACGGGAUUCUGGCAUAGUAUACUGCUUAUCGCGCAAUGAUUGUGAUAAUCUGGCAGCCAGCCUGCAGAGGGCUGGUAUCGCGGCUCUGUCUUACCAUGCUGGACUAAAUGACACUGACCGCGAAUAUGUUCAAAACAAGUGGAUAAACCAGGAUGACUGUCAGGUCAUUUGUGCUACCAUAGCAUUUGGAAUGGGGAUCGAUAAGCCAGAUGUCCGCUAUGUGAUCCAUGCUAGCCUGCCGAAAUCUGUGGAAGGAUACUAUCAGGAGUCUGGCCGGGCAGGCAGGGAUGGAGAGAUUUCUCACUGUGUGCUCUUCUACUCCUAUGCAGAUGCCAUUCGGAUCAAGAGGCUUAUAAGCAUGGACAGAGAAGGGAACCAACAUACAAAAAGAACCCACUAUAAUAACCUUCACAGCAUGGUGCACUUCUGUGAGAACUUAAUGGACUGCCGAAGAGUACAGCUCUUGGCAUACUUUGGAGAGCAUGAUUUUGAUCCUGAUUUUUGUAAGAACUAUCCAGAAGUCAUUUGUGAUAACUGCGCUAAACCCAAUCAAUACAAGUUGCAAAAUGUGACUGAAGAUGUGAAAAAGAUUGUAAGGUUUGUGCAGGACAAUUGUGAAAAAAUUGGAGUGAAACGCAACAGUUGUGCACAGCAAAACAGAUUAACACUUAAUAUGCUGGUUGACAUUUUCUUGGGAUCAAAAAGUGCUCGGAUCCAGACAGGGAUGUUUGGAAUGGGAGCAGCCUAUUCUAGACAUAAUGCCGAGCGGCUUUUUAAGAAGCUAGUACUGGAUUGCAUCCUACAAGAAGAUCUCUAUAUCACAGCCAAUGCUCAGGCUGUGGGAUACAUCUCUGCUGGAGAGAAGGCAGGCAGUGUACUUUAUGGCUCUAUGCAGGUGGAGUUCUAUCAGACAGAGAGUGCAUCCAGCAUCAGGAAAAACAAAGCGUCUGUGACCAAGAGCACCUCCCAAAGGGAAGAAAUGGUUCAUAAGUGCCUCCAGGAGCUCAAUGAGCUCUGCAAGAAGUUAGGAAAAGUGUUUGGAAUACACUACUAUAACAUCUUCUCCACAGCCACUCUCAAGAAAAUUGCUGAGACCUUGUCGGCUGACCCAGAUGUACUUCUACAAAUUGAUGGUGUGACUGAGGACAAGUUGGAGAAGUAUGGAGUAGAGCUGAUUGAACUCUUGCAAAAAUACUCUGAAUGGCAGCUACCUGCAGGGGAGCAGAUGGAAAGCCAUAGCUGCACCCGUAGCCUAAAGAGCACAGGGAGGAAUCGAGGAAGGCAGGACAAGGAUGAGCAGGACGGUAUAGAUGAAGCAUCAACCUAUUUCAAAAGCAGAAGAGUCAGAGGACAAAAAAGAAAGCAGAACUCUUAUUUCAAGAACUCCAAAAAGCAAAGAACUUAUCCCAAUCAACAGUCUUCUACCAAAAGCAAUGAGAAACCCUGGAUAUCUGGAAGUUUCCAAGGCAGAUCUAAAGGCAGGACACGGACUGCAACCGGGAGCUCCACGCUGUCUGCACAGGCUCCUGUGGCAAGAAGGCCAGGGUUCAUGACACUACCUGUACCACACACAAAUCAGCGGCCAUUUCUUAAACCCUCCUUCUCACACUUGGUGUAGAGCUUUUUCACAGUGGGACUUGCAGCACUGGAAAUGGAACACCUUUGUAAAUACAUGUACAGUAUUUGCAAGUGAGGUUUUAACAUUUGCCUAACCCUCCCCUUUGUAAAGUUUAAAAUUUGAUUUAGUAAAUUUUGAGCAAUUUUAAAUCUAACAUUUUAAUUAAAAUGCUUCACCAUCAGUUAUUAUUUGGUACAAUGGCAUUUUUUCCCAUUAUGCAUUCACUUUCCACAGUGAACACUUCAUUCAUUAAAUCAGAUGUUUUGAGACACAUUUUUGUGUUUCAAAACUAAGGUUUUUGUCCUUCUUUGA